UGAUGGUGGAUGAUUGGUAUUUUCAUUUUGUACGACGACAGUGUUGGUGAUUUCUUCCAAUAGCUUUUGAUCAUACAGUAUAUGGCGCAGGAAAAGGACCCGGAAAGAAAUCUAGUGAAGUACACCGAGGACAGAGGACUUGAUGUUCUUCUGUUUCUGUAUGUCACGUGUCUGUCGUCUGGAUCCUUGCACUUCAGCGAGGAUGUCGAUUGUGGACACCUUUACGUAAACUUGAACUUCUGCCGCUGCUGCUCCUCCUCCCCUGAUCCUCCUCCUGCCUCACCACGAACCCAGCUGAAGCGGGACACUUUGAGCACACUCAGGUUGUGGGUGGGCGCAUCCUGCAGCGGUGUGCUCACACCGUCAGUACGCCAUGCGCGAAUACCGGACAGGUGAUUCGGUCCGUGGCAGCACCCAACAGCCAUUCGCAUGCUCCGGCUUUAGGAGCUGAGCGACCGCCGGGAUCGAACGACGCAAGUAUCCCACACGAGCAGGUUAAGAUGUGUGGAGAGGAGUUCGGAUCACGGGAAGAUCCUGCAUGAUGCCACCACAGGCCCUCACUAAUCCUGCCUCGACCUCAGAGGAUGCCAAUCCCUCCCUGGACACAUCAGCAGCACAUUUGGCUCCCUGACGUAUUUUGCUCAUUCUCCACAGUUGUCAGCCACUGAUCCAUCUAAAUGUGCUCUUGCCUCACUCCAAGAUUAUCCACUGAUUUGCUGCUGGCUGCUGUUAAAGCAGGAAAGUCCAUUUCAUCCACUGAUGGUAACAUCAAAAGUCAUUCAAAUGUGACAGUAGGUUGCCUGAGACGCUCCCUCCUCCAAUUUGGGGGUUUUGCUUCAUUUGUUUGAAGCCAGAGGACAUUCAUCGUCUCCCACUGCAAAGGAGACUCAAUGCUGUGUAGGGCUUUCAGGUCAAAGACACCUUGAGGAAGCUAAAGUACAGGCUCUGGCUCAUUUGCUGACCUCUGACCUGGAAAGGACAAUCGACUAGGCAGCUCUGUCCUGACUCCCCUCCAACAAUAAGCCCGAUUAAAAAAACAAAACAAAACUGUUCAUCUUCCUAAUUUCAGUUAAGGGGCGUACGUUUCGGAUGCUGCCAUGCCCAUCAUCAGCAAUGCUAACCACGACUUCAGCAAUCUGUCCGUCAGUGACGACAGCAGUCUUGACCGCAUCUUCACUGAGAUUCCCGAGACUGAGACCAUUAAGGGUGUUUAUUACCAAAGGGCUCAGUUCAUCCGUCAGCCGGAGGACCUCGUCUCCGUAGACCACCGCUUGCUGGCAGUGAUCAAUGUUGGGGGAAACCGCUACACCUUCCCUUGGACAACGCUGCAGCAGUUCCCUCUGACUCGACUUGGCCGCUUGUGUGGCUGCAGGUCACCUGAGGACAUUGCCAGCGUCUGCGACGACUAUGAUGAAACGCGGAAGGAAUUCUUCUUUGAUCGCUCGCCAUCCGCCUUCAGGGUUAUUCUCAACUUCCUGGCCGCAGGUAAACUUCGCCUGCUGCGGGAGAUGUGCAUCCUCUCCCUGCACGACGAGCUUACCUACUGGGGCGUGGAGAUGGCAUACAUGGAGCGCUGCUGCAAGAGGAAGAUGUACACGCGAAUGGAGGAGGUGCACGAGCAAGAACGGCAGGAGGAGGAGCGCAGGCAGAGGAACGCCUUGCAGCGUGUUGCCGUGGAGGAGACGACGUACCGAAAAGUUAUGAACUGGCUCAGAGAUAUGGUGGAGAAUCCGCAGUCUGGCUUACCGGGGAAGAUCUUUGCCUGCUUGUCCGUCAUCAUGGUAGCAGUGACUGUGGUCAGCUUAUGUAUCAGCACCAUGCCCGACCUCAGAGAGGAGGAGGAGAGGGGCGAGUGCUCCUCCAAGUGCUACAACAUGUUCAUCAUCGAGACGGUGUGUGUGGCCUGGUUCUCGCUGGAGUUCAUCCUGCGCUUCAUUCAGGCUCGCAGCAAGUUAGACUUCCUCCGUGGGCCGCUCAACAUCAUCGACGCCAUGGCCAUCUUGCCUUACUAUGUGUCUUUGGUGGUAAAGGAAGAGGACCCGAACCUGGACAGUGAUCGACCAGGGGGAGGCAAAGGCUACUUGGACAAGCUGGGUCUGGUGCUGAGGAUCCUUCGGGCGUUGAGGAUUCUUUACGUGAUGCGACUGGCUCGCCACUCUCUUGGCCUUCAGACGCUCGGACUGACGGUGAGGCGCAGCACUCGGGAGUUUGGCCUGCUCUUGCUUUUCCUCUGCGUGGCGGUCACCCUGUUCUCACCACUGGUCCACCUGGCUGAAAGUGAACUCACGGGCCCUCACGACUUUAGCAGCAUCCCCGCCUCCUAUUGGUGGGCUAUCAUCUCCAUGACAACAGUGGGCUAUGGCGACAUGGUGCCUCGAUCCAUCCCCGGGCAGGUUGUAGCCCUGAGCAGCAUCCUAAGUGGGAUCCUGAUCAUGGCCUUCCCUGCGACCUCCAUCUUUCACAUGUUCUCCCGUUCCUACCAAGAACUCAAGAUGGAGCACGACCGUUUGUUCAAAGAGGAGUGCGCUGCCGCUGCAGCUGCUGCCUCCUCCACAAACGCCACUGGGGAGCUGCAGGAGCCAGGUAUGGAUGGAGGAGAAGGUGGUGAUGUGAAACUAGAGGACUCAGCAGCUAUUGAACUAGUGUUCCAUCUGGAUAAGGAUAGUAUGCAUUCUCUGGAGUCUCUGGCUCUCUUAAGGAAAGGAGAUGACGCUGCAGCAAAUGAUUACAGCGUCCCAGCAAAAGCUUUUUAAAUGAACAUUUCCUGCUAUCAAACCAAACCUUCCAAUCUCCACGUUACGUUUAAAAAAAACAAAAGUGGUCUCCCUUUCCAUCUUAAAUGAGGAGAUUACAUUUGCUGCAUUUAUUUCGCUCUUCAGGUAUCUGAUGCAAGACCCGAGAGCGCAUUUGUGUGUUUGUGCGUGCAUGCUACGCUGACGCCGACUGAAAGACCCUUUAAAACACUUUAAAUCCGAUGGCACAGGUUGUCUGAUCGAAAGCAUUUGCUGCCAUAUUAGUGACUCUUUGCUUCCAUAAACAUGCAAUAUCAAUCCAGAAGUAGGUUUUUUUUUCCACUGUGAAAAUACCUUGUAACUCAUAAGUGUAAUGCUUACUAGCCUAAAGUGUCAAUGUAACUCAUAUUCUCAUAUUCAUAUUCUCCCUGCACACAUCAGUAGACAUACAUGCAAAUCUUAUCCACCAUAAAACCCAGUGCUACAAACAAAAAUAAACAUGAUUCAAUGAAUACCUUUCUGACAUGCUCAGUCUCAACUAUUGUAUGGAAAAGCCAGAUUUUUUUGAAAUGCAGAGGAACGUCUAAAGUCAUGCACACCGAAAGUGGUACAAAUUGGAGACGAAAUUGAAAAAAAAAACAAGCAAAAAUUCUAAUCAAUGUCGCCCGUUACGUCGUCUGAGAUGAAACGAGUAACUGGAUGUGCUCCCUUUGGUUCUGAGAUGCCGAUUGCCAUGUAAUUCGUUUGCGUGUAUGUCUAACCAUUUCUUGUAUGCUCAACCCUUUCAUGCAACCUGUACCCUGAUAAAAUGAUAAACUGUCCACUGUAGUGACCGCUGUCCCUGAAAGGGUUAAAUACAAAUUCUGAUGAGCUGCGUCUGAGUGAGAACAUACAGUUUGAAUGACGAGGCAUAGACUCAGCAUAAAUCGAACAAGAUACAGCUGGAGAGGAAGGAACAAAUGAAGGCAUGCUUUUGUGAGCGACUAGUAGAGAAUGAGCGCUAACAACCAUGAAAUGUACUUUGCAACGCUCCAAAUAAAAGCUCUUGCAAUAAUCAGGGGCAAAUCCA